UCAGUCUUUACCCCUGAGGGAUAGCAGCAGGAGGUUUUUGCACCUUGGGACGGUUUCCCUUGCCCUUCCCAAUGCAGGCACCAGGCAACUUCAUCCCUGAGGAGAUUCAGGGGCUCCUUGAAGAUGCUGAAGUUUAUCUGAUGGAUGGGCUGCAGAAUGAGAACCUGAGUGCAAGAGCAAGAGAAGAGAGAGAGAUGAUUCUUUUCAACUUCCAGCAUAUCAAAGCCAGGUACCACUUGGAAUUUCUGCCCCGAGGAGGGGAUGCAGUGGAUGCUGGCUAUGCACAGGACAGCUCUGAUGACAACCAGAGCUGGACAUGUGCCCCGUCCAUGGUAUCAGAUGCAUCAUUUCCAUCAGAUUACCAGGACGAUGGGUCAGAGGACAACCUACAGAAACCUACUCAAGAAGUGGAGAGCAUUUUGAAGCAAGGAUACUUGGAGAAGAGGUCCCGAGACCAUAGUUUUUUUGGGUCAGAAUGGCAGAAGCGAUGGUGUGUCCUCAACAGAAAGAUCUUUUACUACUAUGCCAAUGAAAAAAGCAAGCAACCAAAAGGCACCUUUUCUGUUGAGCACUACAGUGCACGAAUGGCUCCUCACCUGCGCAAAGACUCUCGAAAGGAAUCCUGUUUUGAACUAACCUGCUCUGGCAAGCGCAGCUACGAGUUUACAGCUUCAAGUUCAGCAGAAGCUAGAGACUGGGUGGAUCAGAUCCAAUUCCUGCUGAAGGACAUGAGCUCCUUCACCAUUCCAUAUGAUGAGGAAGAGGAGGAGGAGGAAGAAACUUAUGACGACAUUGACAGCUUUGACACUCCAAACACAGCAGUACACAAUGCUAGCCUGAAUAUGGAGGAGGAGGAGAUGGUAGCAGCCGGUGGUGAAGAGGCGGACGACAUCUAUGAGGUUCUACCAGAUGAAGACCUUGACGUGCCCUUUCCAGAGGACAUAAGGGAUGCUGGAAGUAACAUUAAAACUGGAGGCUCCAUGAAAGAUUAUGCAAAUUAUUACCAAAGCAUGUGGGACUGUAUCAGCGACUACCCAGAUGAGCUGUCCUUUCAGCGUGGUGAUAUCAUCUACAUUGUGAGCAAGGAGUACAAUAUGUACGGCUGGUGGAUUGGGAAGCUGAACAAUGUGGUUGGGAUUGUCCCCAAGGAAUACCUCAUGCCUGCUUACGACCUAGAGGAGAGCUGAUCAAAGGGUGCAGCUGAGAUAUAGGUGAUCUUGUCUUCGCUCAGCAGAACUCCCUGCCCAUCCCCACUUCUCCAAGACACGCGUGGCACCAGCUGUCUCCUCUACUUCACUUUUAUUUCAGGCCACAACAUCACAGAUCUGCCUUUUAUGCCCCAAGAGAGGCCAAUGGUAAAUCACAUAGAUGCAGGAUACAAGACUCCCAGAGUAUACAGAACAAUAGUGAGUAAGUGGUGACUAAGUGCUGAAUGCAAGAGAGGCCUUGGAGACCCCUGCAGCCCAGAACCUUGAACUGCUCCUUCUCUACACAGGGCCACCUCCCACCCCCUUGCCAGGCCAACAGCAGAAAUCGUUUUCCCCAUGCCACCUAAGUUGUAUGUUACACAGGGGCACAAGGAAGGCAGGCUGUUCUCAUGCAGGAAGAGAAGCUGGAGGGGUGCUGUGUCUAAAAGGAGAGUAACAACAACCUUCCAUCAUCCUCUUCCCUAUAGUACAGCUCAAGCCUGUCCCCAGUUCUAGAGGACUUGUUCUGGCUUCCUAGAGUGCAGAGAGAAGCUCAUCUGCUCAGCCUGGCUGCAGGCAGCCUCCGUGCCAGGAGGGCCAUAGGUGCAGAGUUCAUUCCAGUCCCCCAGCACAGCACAACUGAGCCAGAGCCACCUCACAAAAGCCCUUAUAACACACUGAUUGUAUAAGAAAGACUAGGCCUCCUGUGCCUAUGCAGCCAUUUACUGCUCAGAAGGGAAUGCUACAGGGGCUAAGUUAUAACUCUAGGUACAGGAAGUCCAUUGGAACCCACUUCCUAUAGGUCCGUGCGUGACAACAGCCAGCCGUGUGCUCCCUGGGGACCAAGAACUACAAGAUCAAGAGCCCUGACUUUGAUUCCCCUCCCCCCCCAACUCACCCUUUAAGUGCAUCACUAAGCCCUUGGGAGUAAUAUACCUAGGUUCCACUAAGCACCAGUCCCCUUUUGGUGCACAUCAUUGGUGUGAUCACACAGCAUCUGAGUGGUAACAACAGUCUCAAGUCAUCAGGAAGCAGGUCACUCCCUGCUGGGAGUACAGCAGGCUGCAGAACUAGAGCCACGUGAACUCCAGUCCUACCUCACCA